AUGUCGUCGCUGUUGCGUUGGAUGGACGAUGACGACGAAAGUGACAGUGACUGGGUGUCAGAAUAUGAGAGCGAGUCAGCUUCCUUGGUCUUUGAGGACGAAGACGGCAUGCCUGUCCUGUCGUCUGAAGAACGUGCUAAACUGGACAAGAUUUUCAAUGGAAAAGCGUAUGCCCCGAAAGCUUUUCGACGCUCAGGAUUUGAGAAGAAGCAGCAAAAGCAAAUUUUGCUUGAACGUAUUGCUCACCAAUUAAGUGGAUACAAUGAGGAUGUGGUGACGACCUCGGUAACACGUAAACAGCUCAUGUUCCGCACAUUGUGUCAUCGGGAACAGGUUGGCACGUCAUCCAAGGUGCAGCUGAUUAAGAUGCAGGAGACCUUCAUGCCCUUUCAAGAGAAUAAUCAAUGUCGUGUUGUUGACUCAGUACGCGACCGACUGUACUGUGGUGGAUUUAACAGCACGGGCUCGAGAUUUUUAACUGCUGGCCAACGUGGAAAGAUCAUGCUUUACGAUACAAUAGACUGGACCCAUGCGGCAUAUUUACCUGUACGGGAUGUCAGUUGGACGGUGACGGAUGCUAAAUUUACCCCGGAUGACAAGAAUGUCAUGUACUCUACUAUCAACAGCAACGUUCGUAUGGUGAGUACGGACUUUGAUGAGAAUGGGAAGGAGUUCAUGUUUCCACUGGCACGUCGGACAACAGGUAGGGGCGACAGCCGUUCGAUGCCGAUGAGUCGGCUCGGGCGUUUUGGUGUAUGGUGUAUCGAUAUCAAUGCAUCAGGCACGGAAUUUGUCGCUGGUACAUCGCAGAGCAGUGUUGUGUUGAUGAACAUGGAGACCCAAGUGCCCAUGUGUCACGUUGUUGGUCACCACGAUGAUGUUAAUGCUAUUGCGUUCGUGGACGGCCCUCUGCAUACGAAUGUUUUUGUGAGCGGAUCAGAUGACUCGCUGAUUAAAUUGUGGGAUCGUCGCGUCCUGUCCGAGUCGAACCCGAAGCCCCAAGGUGUUUUCCCAGGCCACACUGACGGCAUCACGCACAUUUCGUCAAGAGAUGAUGGCUACUACUUUAUUUCGAACUCAAAGGACCAGACUACCAAGCUCUGGGAUAUUCGGAAGUGCUUUUCAUCGCAUGCUUAUGAUGAAUUGGCGCCUUUCCGCAGACCUUACUCAUGGGACUACCGCUAUCAGGCGUAUCCAGGAUGCAACAUGGUGCCAGUUGAGCACCCACAUGACAAGUCGGUGAUGACAUACCGUGGUCACAUGGUCAUCGAGACGCUUAUUCGGUGCUACUUCUCGCCGCUCCACUCUACCGCGCAAAAGUACAUUUACACGGGAUCAGCGGACGGUCGUGUGUACGUGUACGACAGUAUCUCUGGCGACCUUGUAGAGAUCUUUGCAAUGAAGCCUAGCGGACUUACCCGCGAUGUGCGCUGGCACCCAUUCGAGCCCACAAUUGUAUCUCCGGAUUUCUAUGGCAAGUUGUGCGUCUGGCAGCGUCAGGACGAAGAAGACAAACUACCUGGAACUUGA